AGUUUAGAUAGAGUAAGGUUUUGAAUUCGAAGCUUGUUCUUCCUUUAAUCUCAUCUUCAUCUUCUUCAAUCUCGAUCUUCUCCGAUUGCAUUACUUACAGACAAACAGCGAUAUAAGUUUUUCAAUGAUGGAAAGGCCAUCGUCACCGUCAUCUACUAGUGGAAAUGGCUCGCCGGAGCUUCAGUGCGUUGGACGUUUGGAAAUCGUAAAGCCCAAACCUGUUGGUUUCCUAUGUGGUUCUAUCCCUAUCGUCACUGAUAAAUCUUUCCUUGCCUUCAAUUCUGCUCUCGUUCCCACAGCUCAAACGUUAAGCGCUCCACAGUACAGAGUAUUGCCAAAUGAAACUGACCUAAAUACUCCACCUAUGCUUUCAUAUAUACCGGAGAAGGUUCUCCCAAUUGCAGCCGCGUGCUCCAGGACAUCCGGUGGAGAUUCAUCAUGGGAGAAUAGUGCCUUGACAUCAAGUCUCACUAGGAAAGGGGAAGCUCUUGCUGUCUCUGGUUUGGCGGAGUAUGGAGAUGAGAUGGAUAUCAUAGCUCCAACUGAAAUCUUGAAACAAAUUUUCAAGAUACCAUAUUCUAAGGCUCGUCUGUCAAUUGCAGUGCGUCGUAUUGGACAGACUUUAGUUCUGAAUACAGGGCCGGAUGUUGAAGAAGGGGAAAAAUUGGUUAGGAGACACAAAUCAAAAUGUGCAGUUGACUCGUUGUUUUUAAAUUUUGCCAUGCAUUCGGUUAGGAUGGAGGCGUGUGAUUGUCCUCCUACGCAUAACGUUUCAUCAAAAGAGAUGCCAAAAUCAUCUUUUCUUCCAAGGCCAUUUGAAUCUGUGGAUGGUUCCUUUAAAUCUUCUAAAUGCCCAACUCCAAAAGAAAAGUCCGAGUCUGGGAUGGAUGGUAAUAUUUUUGAAGAGGAACAACUAAUUCAAAAAAGCGUGAAGGUUAAACAUGACAGUUUCUUGUUGAAUAACAAGAAUAAGAAGAAAAACAAAGAAUGUGCUGAUGUAAAAAAAGCUCCGCAUGUUAAAGAAAAAUCAAGGAGCUCAAUGCAAGAGCCUGAAAAAUACAGGCGACUUGGUAAGGAGGUGUUCUCAAGGAUUUUGUUUUGGCAAUUUCACAACUUCCGGAUGCUCCUGGGUAGUGACCUGCUCUUAUUCAGUAAUGAAAAGUAUGUUGCGGUGAGCUUGCACUUGUGGGAUGUUUCUCGGCAGGUGACUUCUCUGACAUGGCUUGAAGCCUGGCUUGAUAAUGUAAUGGCUAGUGUGCCUGAAUUAGCCAUUUGUUAUCAUCAAGAUGGUGUUGUUCAGGGUUAUGAGCUGCUAAAGACGGAUGAUAUAUUUCUUUCAAAAGGAGUAUCCGAAGAUGGUAUGCCUGCUUUUCAUCCACAUGUCGUCCAACAAAAUGGUCUUUCUGUUUUGAGGUUUCUUCAGGAAAACUGCAAGCAAGACCCUGGUGCUUAUUGGCUUUACAAAAGUUCUGGAGAAGAUGCCAUCCAACUCUUUGAUCUUUCUGUGAUUACCAACAACUGUUCAACUGGCGAACACAAUGGCAGUGCCGACUCUCUGCCCUCUAUGCUUCAUAGAGGGAGAAAUGAUUCCUUACUUUCACUAGGAACUCUUUUGUACCGUAUUGCACAUAGGCUAUCACUUUCUAUGUCUCCUAAUAAUCGGACCAGAUGUGCUAUGUUCUUUAGGAAAUGUCUCGACUUCUUGGAUGAGCCAGAUCAUUUGGUUGUGAGGGCAUUAGCUCAUGAACAAUAUGCUAGGCUUCUAUUGAAUUAUGAUGAAGAACUUGAGUUGGCAUCUGAAGGAGUUCCUGUAGAAUCUAAGGUAGUCAUUGUAAGUGCUGAAGAAGAAUCUUUUGACUAUUUCAACAGCAAGUCUGAAUCAAUUGUCCGUGAUAUGGUCUACGCUCCUGCUGUGGAGGAAGAAUGGAAUCGAGCUGGAGAUACAUCUGAAGAUUUAGGGUCAAAUUCUUCUUUGAUGACAUCAUUAGAAGUUAAUAUUUCUACUCCCAACACAAUGAUAGAAUCACAGAAGACAGAGCUUAUAUAUGCGGAAAGUGAGUCAAGGUCUGAUGACGAAGGUUCAUCAGUUUGUGAAUUGGCGAAAACUUCAGCUGAUGUGAUUCAAACAAUUGUUGAUCCAAUCUCAUCGAAGUUAGCUGCAGUACAUCAUGUUUCCCAAGCCAUUAAAUCUUUAAGAUGGAAACGCCAAUUGCAAAGCACUAGUUCAACUGUCGAAAAUAAUACUUUUCCUUCAGCUGUGGACUUCUCUAUAUGUGAUUGUGGCGAUGCUGACUGUAUUGAAGUUUGUGAUAUUCGGAAAUGGCUUCCAACGUCGAAACUGGAUGAUAAAUUAUGGAAACUGGUUCUUUUGCUUGGAGAAACAUACUUGGCCCUCGGACAAUGUUAUAAAGACGAUGAUCAACUCUAUCAAGCUCUAAAAAUUGUAGAACUGGCAUCGUUAGUCUAUGGAUCCAUGCCUCAGUACCGCGAAGAUACAACAUUUGUUUCUUCAAUGAUUUGUAGUUUAGACACUGAGCCUGAUGAUGCUAUUGAAGUGACAUCUAAUUUGCCAUCUGACUGUUUCUCGUCCACUUAUCUAUUCUGGGCCAGAGCAUGGACUUUAGUAGGGGACAUUUAUAUUGAGUUCCACAUGACGAAAGGUCAAGAGAGAAAAAUGUCUAGCAAAGAAUUAAAAAUGUCCUCAAUGGUGCUGAAAGAGGUCAAACGGCUGAAGAAAAAGCUCGGGCAAUUCGGACAGGACUGUAGUUUGUGUUCUUUGAUAAACUGUAGCUGUCAGGUUGACAGGGCAAAUAGCGGAAGCAAUGCUAGUAGUAGUAGUAAUGGCGGUUCGCGUUUGUUAGGUUAUGGAAAAAAACAAAACAGAAAAGUUUAUGGAAGGAACUCUGAACCGGUCUCCAUAUUUUCAGAACAGACAAGAACGGGUGGCAUAUUCAAGUUCCUGUCGGGUCCACCUAUUAUUGGAGAUUCUGAAUAUAAUCUUUCAGCUGCACUUGUUUGUUAUGAAGAGGCUAAAAAAGCGUUGGGUGAAUGUCCAGAUGGAUCAUCAGAAACACAGUCUUUGCUGAAAAAGAGAGGAUGGGUUUGUAAUGAAUUGGGACGGAAGAGGCUUGAGAACAAAGAAUUGGAAAAAGCCGAAAUUGCAUUUAUGGACGCAAUUAUUUCCUUCAAAGAAGUUUCCGAUGUCACCAAUGUGGUACUGAUUUACUGUAAUAUGGGUCAUGGAAGACGAUCGUUGGCUGAAGAGAUGGUAUCGAGGAUAGAAGCUCUAAGAAAACAUGUCAUUUAUCGCGAUGCAUAUGUCCAAGCACUCGAGACUGCAAAAAUUGAAUACCGCGAAUCCUUAAGAUAUUAUGUAGCUGGGAAGAUGGAGGUAACCAUAGUGAAAGAAUCUGAGAUGAGCAGUCUCAAGAGUGAAGUAAUUACGCAAUUAGCUCAUACGUAUCUGAGGCUUGGCAUGCUUUUAGCAAGAGAAGAUACGAAGGCUGAGGUUUAUGAUAAUUUCGGUCAUACUAAAAACACGGGAAAGAAAGAAGUCUCGGCCAAUGAUGUUAUUAGGGAAGCUUUAUCGUUAUAUGAGUCUAUGGGUGAGCUAAGGAAACAGGAAGCGGCGUAUGGAUAUAUGCAGCUUGCUGGGUAUCAUAGGGAUUGUUGUUUGAAGUUUUUGGGAUGUGAAAAGAAGAAAACUGUGUCAAAAAGUGAAAAUGGCAUUAUGCAAAAGGUGAAGCAGUAUGCUUCCUUAGCUGAGAGAAAUUGGCAAAAAUCUAUAGACUUUUAUAGAGCGGAUACGCAUCCUAUGAUGCACCUGACGAUAUUAGUUGAAAGAGCUGCUCUUUCCCUGAGUUUGUCUGAUCAUCUACACUCUCAUGGGGUACUGGAUUCCGCUUUUGGUAUACUGCUAGAAGCACGGCAUAUAAGUGGAGAAACAAUUGCAAAAACAAAAAUGGAAAAUGAAAAUGAUUUGAUCUGUUCUAAAUUUUGGAGUCAACUCCAAUUGGUGUUGAAGAGGAUGCUGAGCAUGGCUUUAUCAUCGUCAUCAAAUAGCAAUAAGUCUUCAUCAUCUAAUUUGCAGCAGCAAAGUUGUUCAUCUAAUCAUCAUCGUUCGGGAGAUGCUAGUAAGCUGAAAGAGCUUUACCUGAUGGCUCUAACUUCCUCUGAAUUCGCUCAAUUGCGUGAUUUUCAUCACAUUUGGAUUUCCUAGCUGCUUCUCGACUUACUGUCUCUCAAAUUAGUUAGUUGAUAUAUAAAAUUGUUUAUAUAUUUGUAUUAAAGUUUUAAGAUUUUUGUAGACAAAUUAUUCAUAUAAAGAUGUUUAUUUUAUUUAAUGGGCCAGUCUUUCUGAUUAUCAUGGAAU